UGGAUAUUAUCUGCGUAUGAGAUUUAGCUAGUAGCUUUCUAUGAAAUAUGAAGAUUGAUUCCUUUUUACAAGUAGCUUUUUCUACAAUCCAUGUCCUUUUUUCACCUAUAUUUUCUUAGGAAAUGAUUCUAGUUCACAAAAAUAUACAGAGAUCAUUAUAGAUUGCUGUAUCCAUUUCCCUAAACUGUGAUUAUAAUUGAACUGUGUGAUUGUUUCUAUGUGAAAGCAAUUUGAAGGCAGAAAAUGGUGAGAACUCCCUUCUUCCUCAUGGCAUUUUUAGUGUUUUGCUGCAUGGCAAUGGCAGAGGCAGAAGAGUACACGAAAUAUAAAGACCCAAAGCAGCCAUUAGGUGUUCGACUAAACGACUUACUCAGCAGGAUGACAUUAGAGGAAAAGAUAGGCCAAAUGGUACAAAUCGAGCGCAGUGUUGCCUCUGCUCAGGUCAUUAACGAGUAUUUCAUUGGGAGUGUAUUGAGUGGGGGAGGUAGCGUUCCUGCUAAAAAGGCCAAUGCAGAGACUUGGAUCAACAUGGUUAAUGAAUUUCAAAAGGGUGCUUUGUCAACCAGGCUUGGAAUUCCAAUGAUUUAUGGCAUUGAUGCCAUUCAUGGUCACAACAAUGUCUACAAUGCAACAAUCUUUCCUCACAAUAUUGGUCUUGGAGCUGCCCGGGAUCCUGCACUUGUUAAGAAGAUUGGAGCUGUAACUGCAGCUGAAGUUAGAGCCACAGGCAUUCCAUAUGUGUUUGCACCAUGUGUUGCGGUUUGUAGAGAUCCAAGAUGGAUUAGGUGUUACGAAAGCUAUGGUGAAGAUCCCAAAAUCGUGCAAGACAUGACAGAGAUCAUAUCGGGAUUACAAGGCGAUAUCCCUUCUAGCUCCCAAAAGGGUGUUCCAUUUGUUGAUGGACAGAAAAAGGUAGCAGCUUGUGCCAAGCACUAUGUAGGUGAUGGUGGAACAAAUAAAGGGAUCAACGAGAACAAUACUGUAAUAGACAGACAUGGUUUACUCACUAUCCACAUGCCAGGCUACUAUCACUCGAUCAUCAAAGGAGUAUCAACUGUCAUGGUCUCUUUCUCCAGCUGGAAUGGUGUUAAGAUGCAUGCUAACCACGAUCUUAUUACCAAUUUUCUCAAGAACACCCUCCGCUUCCGGGGUUUUGUCAUCUCAGAUUGGCAAGGUAUCGACAAGAUUAUGUCUCCACCUCACUCUAACUAUUCAUAUUCCAUCCAAGCAGCAAUACAAGCUGGUAUUGAUAUGGUCAUGGUUCCAUUCAACUACCCAGAAUUCAUUGAUGGUUUAAUCUUCCAUGUGAAGAAUUACAAUAUCCCCAUUAGCCGAAUUAAUGAUGCAGUAAAGAGAAUCUUGCGAGUCAAGUUUGUGAUGGGACUCUUCGAGAAUCCUCUAGCCAAUACAAGCCUUGCUAAGGAGAUUGGAAGUCAGGAACAUAGAGAAUUGGCUAGGGAAGCCGUGAGGAAAUCACUUGUGCUGUUUAAGAAUGGAAAAUCUGCUGACCAUGAACCAAUGAUUCCCCUUCCUAAGAAAGCAUUGAAAAUACUAGUAGCUGGCAGUCACGCACACAAUCUGGGUUAUCAGUGUGGUGCUUGGACAAUUGAGAUAAGAGGGUUUAGUGGCAACAACCUCACAACUGGUACUACAAUCCUUACUGCCAUUAAGAACACGGUUGAUCCAGCAACAAAGGUUGUGUACAAUGAGAACCCAGAUGUUGAUUUUGUUAAGUCAAAGAACUUCUCUUAUGCCAUUGUUGUAGUAGGCGAGCACCCGUAUGGACCAAUAGAGGGUAACAGUGAGAACUUGACAAUACCAGAACCUGGUCCAACGACCAUCAAAAAUGUCUGUGGAGCUGUGAAAUGUGUUGUCAUUAUUAUUUCUGGCCGCCCUGUUGUGAUCAAGCCAUAUGUAUCCACGAUGGAUGCUCUUAUUGCUGCUUGGCUUCCAGGAACUGAGGGUCAAGGUGUUGCAGAUGCUUUGUUUGGUGAUUAUGGUUUUACCGGAAAGCUUCCAAACACUUGGUUCAAGACUGUCAACCAGCUCCCUAUGAAUCUUGGUGAUCGUCAUUAUGACCCUCUAUUCCCAAUUGGACACGGACUCACCACUCAACCUAUUAAACCUAACUAGGAACCCUGCUUCACAAAUCAUGUCAAUUAUUGCAGAAAACUACAUGUGAGAGAUGAUUAUGACAAAAGUACUUACUUUGAAUUACAAGAAAAAAAAUAUGAAUUUCAUUAGAACAAAAUCAAUUUAAAAAACCAUGAAAUAAAUUUAUUUUAGUCUGAUCAAACAAAUAUUUAUCACCCAAGAAAAAA